AUGUGCACUGAAAUGAAUUUACAAACAUUAUUCCAGGAUUUUAAUCCCAGUAAAUUCGUCGUGCACACUUGUUUGUCAAUUUUUACGGCAUUACUGGCUUUAAAGUUGGACAACACAAUUGAUUGGUCCUACUGGUCAGUUUUUGCACCAAUAUGGAUUUGGAAAUUUCUUGUGGUUCUUGGUGCUACAAUUGGAACCUAUGUUUGGUGGCAAUAUCCACAUUUCAGAUUAGAAGGUGAAGCCUACAUUCAUUAUAAGGCAAUGCUCAUUAGCCUUGCCAUACAUUUAAUAUUGCUAAUGUUUGAGCUGCUUGUGUGUGACCAAUUGACUACAUAUCGCCAUUUUUGGAUUCUUAUCUUCAUACCAUUAAUAUUUAUAAGCAUAGUAUCUAUUGCUAUUUGUAUAUGGUGUGUUAAACAUGACCGGAGUUAUGAGCUGGAACUAUUUUGUGCUGUUAACAUUCUACAAUUCAUAUUUUUGGCUUUGAAAUUAGAUACCAUUAUUACUUGGUCUUGGGAAGUGGUGUUUGUGCCUCUUUGGAUACUAAUGUGUCUUAGUUUGGUUGGUGUGCUAUAUAGCAUAAUGUUUGCGGGUAUUCUUCUACGUUCGCCCGAAGCCAACAUUCAACAACGGAGAACGAGCUUUAACUCCGCCAUGGCCUAUACAUUCACUGUUGUGCCUAUUUUGGUGUUUCUGGUUCUACUAACGAAUAAGUUGGAUGACAGCCCAGAGAACAGAUUUACAUACAUCGUAGUGGUCAGCCCACUGUUCGUUACUUACGCUACACUGAUUAUCAUGUCAUUCAGCUCCAAAGGAGGGUGGUUCGGGAUUCGAAAAGACUUCUGCCAGUUCCUCCUAUCAGUGUUUCCCUUACUGCAAGAGUACGCAAAUAUUGCGUAUAAUAAUAACGUGAAUCGCGGAUCGGUUCCGAACGAACCGCCUGUUAAUCAAGAACCGUAUAGAGACGAAGAAAAGAAAGUCCAUAGAAAACAGAAGAAUCAAAAGAAAAAUGAAGCUUUAAAACCCGUCGUACCAGUAACUAGCAUAGAUAUGCCCGAUUGA